CGUCAUGGUGGCCCGAAUGGUGCUGACGAGCGGCAGAGCCUGCGAAAGAGCUUCAGUUCCGAGGUGUGCGGCGAACCACUGCUUCUUCCGCGUUUAAAACCCACCAAAAUCCGAACGCGCAUGAGUCACGCAGCGCUUAGUGUUCGGCCGCGCGCAACGCAACCGUGAGAGUUGGUCAUAGAAGUGAAGUGAUUGGGCGUUAGUUGGGCAGCCUCGCCUAGAUACAGUUUCAUCUCGUGCCAUUGACCUAUCGAACGAGGCUCAGACGGGGUACAUAAUUUUCGAAGGCUUCCCAUAGGCGUGGAAAAUGGUGAUCGCGAAGGUGGGCCUUCUGCCAGUGGUGAUACUAGUGGUCCUGGCUCUUCCGUACGCCCUGGGAUGCCAAGGGAAGUGCGAUCGGUACGAGUACUGUGACACGCACGGCAACAAAUGCCUGCACUGUGAGCAGCUUUGCGCAAAGGACGAUUACGGCUGCUUUCAUAAUUGCAGUGACUACAAGCUAAAGGUGUUGGAGCGCGAAGUCUCAUCGCUGCAGAAGACUAUUGUGGCGUUCCAGAUUAUGCUGCUCGUCGCGGUGGCGGUGCUGGUGUUCCUCGCCCUGGUCUGGCUAGGGUACAAGCGGAAGCACAAACUGGUCGAGUGCCUACGUUGGCGGCCCCACGAGAAGGCCCAGCCAGGCUCGGCCGGACCCGUCGCGUACACGCAUGAAAAUCCCAACACCAAAAGCCCCCGACUGGGCCCCAAGAGUGGGGGCCAGGGCCAGGUGAAACAGCAGCCCACGUCCACCACGGUCAGCAUCUACCCGGACACGGAAGCGGACCACUCGGUGCAGACGGGAACGACCUCGAUCAGCCAUCGGCACCCGGCGGAAGAUUCCACCGAGAGCUACUCGUACGAUAAUGCGGGUCUCAACGUCACCCCGACCAGUGUGCUGCCGAAGCCCCCGAAGUACUAGGCUCCCGUGGAGGAUCCUGCGGUUUACGUGACCCGUUCGUACUUAAGCCCGUGUUUCCAUGAAGCAUCGCACUCCCUUCACGAUCUUCCGCUCAGUUCUAGUCUAGUUACGGUGUGGUGCGCUCACAAACGGUUUUUCAGAUGGUUUUAAACGAGGACUUCAUCAGGCACGGACCCUUGAGCAAGUAACGUUGAUGGAAAAUAAUGCAAAAAAAAGUAUUACCUAUAGGAGCAUAGAGCCUUAAGACGAAUCUCGUAGUGCGUAGGUUAUGACCACCCCAAUGCUUCAAUUCCACGAUCUUACUUCGAUCUUCUUUCGAUCAAAGGUGGACCAUGUGUUGGCAUUUCGAAGUUUUAUUUUCACUAUCUUAUUAUCGUUUUUAGCUAGAGUACUUCGUGAACCGACAUUGCACGUUCACUUGCGCCUCGCGUGCGCCAUUUUCGAGAUUCACACGCGUUAGUAGUGGAACUUGUAGCGGUAGAGCUACCUCGGGCGGGGUGUGUAGGACAAUUGACUAUACGUUCCGUUCAGCUGGGAGCGUAGGGAAACGAGGCGCGAGACACCGGUUUGCAUAGCAAGUCGGUCCAUUCGCAAGAUCCGUCCGGAAACCGCGCCGGCGGCCAAUAUAGUAAAGUAAUGUAAUGCCCCUACGAACUGAAACGAGAGGAUGCGUUUUUCACUCAAUUUUAUCACCUUCCCAUA